ACCACUUCCACUUCCACUACCCGAUAAAUACUCGUCAGGCCGCUCAUUGUUCAUUACUCGACAUGGCGCCCAAGAGUGAUACUAUGCAGAAGUUUAACGCAUUUAUGAUUCGUUUGAAUCGACUCCUCUCUAGUCCCUCCGGUAUUGACAAGGUUCUCAUGACCACCCAUUACACCCUUGUCCUCCUUCCUCCAUCCGUCCUCUCGUCUACUCGUUCCACCCGCAUCAACAUUCCAAAGCUCACCUCUCUAAUAUCCGAUGUCCGCAUGUUCAUGCGUCUUUGGGGUCUUAUCGGCAUCUACACCUGGGGCCUUUCCACCCUGUCUGCUUCACGCCCCUCCCCCAUUGAGAUUGCCCAGGUUUUCGCCAACACUUGUUUCCAGAUCUGCGAGAACGUGGCGUACUUGUCUUCUCACGGAAUAGUCAGGAUCCGUAAGAGGACCGAGGGGCAAUUGUGGCUGUGGAGUUCUAGGUUCUGGAUGGCCCAUGUUGCGUUGGAGUUUGUUAGAUUGUUUGGUGGAAACAGGAGGGGCAAGGGUUGGGAGAGAGAGGUCUUGAGCAAUUGCGCUUAUGCGCCAUUGACGGUUCAUUAUUCAGUUGAAGGGGGGGCAAUUAGUCCCGAAGCUAUUGCCGCUUGUGGAAGCGCUGCUGCCAUCAUUGGGUUGCAGAAUGAAUGGAGGAAGACCGCUUAGGAAGAUUUAGUCCGUAAUUAGAGAGAUAUC